UAAACAAGUUACAAAACCAGCCAGGGAGCGCCCAAACAAACAAAGUUAUCUUAAGUUCUUAACAAAUAAAAUGCAGUGCCCUGUGCCCAAAUAUUUAUAAUUUUAUACCUGAUUCCUGAACCUCAGAACCUGAUACGGUGAGGUGAGGUGAGCAGUUGAGACUUGAGAGAGGCGGAGAGCAGAGAAUCAGAGAGAGGCUGAGGCGGUUCAGCUGGAGACUGGAGACUAGAGAGAGGCGGAGAGCAGAGAGUAGAGAGAAAGCUAGAGUUGAAAAAUUAGAGGUGGCGAUGUAUGCAAGGAGAUUAAAGUGUGGGCAUCGGAGAUGGGGUUCAGUGUUUCAGCCGUCCAAAGAUUUUACUAGGCCAAACUGUGUGGACCGUGCUUCUUCUCAGUCUUUGAGUCGUGCACCUAUAGCGAGGAGCCGCUCUUCACAUAAUAGUACGAUUAGAAGACAUUUUUUAGAUUCUAUUACAUCUCGUGGUGUUUUAGGUGGUAGUAGUUACAGUGGUUUACAUGGAAGGCUAAGUACGUCUUUAAAGAGUAGUCAGUUACGUGUUUAUAGUUCUAAAGGUGAUGGAAGGAACACAAGCGAGGAGGAACAUAUACCUGUCAAAGAUGGGAGUAAUAUUGAUAAGGGAAAGACUCGGCGAGAAAAAGUUAGGGAGGAUGUGAAUCGUUUUGAUGCGCAUGCUCGACUUGGGGAACAGGAUCAAAGGGAGUGGCUUAGCAAUGAGAAGCUUGCUAUUGAGAAUAAGAAGAAGGAAUCACCUUUUUUGACCAGGCGGGAGAAGUUCAAAACGGAGUUUUUGCGUAGGAUUGUGCCGUGGGAGAAGAUUUCAGUAUCCUGGGAGACAUUUCCUUAUUACAUUCAUGAACACACCAAAAAUCUAUUGGUGGAAUGUGCUGCUUCUCAUUUGAAACAUAAGAAGUUCACUACUUCUUUUGGUGCUCGGUUGACGUCUUCAAGUGGAAGAGUACUGCUUCAGAGUGUUCCAGGCACUGAACUUUACCGUGAGAGAUUAGUUAGAGCGCUUGCACGUGAUCUACAAGUUCCCCUGCUGGUGCUUGACAGCAAUGUUCUUGCUCCUUAUGAUUUUGGUGAUGAUUGUGCAUCAGAGUCUGAAUCAGAUGAUGAUGCAGAAUCUGGGGAGGAGUGUGCUUCAGAAUCAGAGGUUGAUGAUGAAAAUGAUGCGACAAAUGAAGAAGAUUGGACUAGCAGUGGUGAGGCAAGUGCAGAUGGUAGUGAUAAUGAUGAAAUUGAUGUGCAAGCAAUCGCUGAAGCAGCCCUCAAGAAGGUUAUUCCGCACAGUCUUGAAGAAUUUGAAAAGAGGGUUUCUGGAGAUUCUGAGAGUUCCCCUGAGUCGUCAAAGUCUGAGGCUGUUGAGUCUUCUGAUGACUCCAAACGACCACUUAAGAAAGGAGAUCGGGUGAAAUACAUUGGGCCAUCUGUAAACAUUGAAGCGGAUAACAGGAUCAUAUUGGGGAAGAUACCAACAUCUGAGGGUCCAAAAAAUGCUUAUACCAUUAUUCUUGGCAGGCCUUUAUCAAAUGGUCAAUGUGGGGAGGUAUAUGAGGUGAAUGGUGAUCGAGUUGCUGUCAUUUUGGAUAUUAGUGAAAAAAAAGCUAAUGAUGGAGAAGAAGAGAAAGAAAAAGAAUCUUCAAAACCCCCAAUUUAUUGGAUAGAUGCUAAGGAGAUAGAGCAUGAUAGUGACACUCAGGCAGAAGAUUGCUACGUUGCGAUGGAGGCUUUAUGUGAGGUUUUGAGAUCCAAGCAACCUCUCAUUGUCUAUUUUCCAGACUCUUCUGAAUGGUUGUCUAGGGCGGUUCCCAAGUCAAAUCGUAAGGAGUUUGUACAUAGAGUGCAGGAAAUGUUUGACCAAUUAUCAGGUCCAGUUGUUUUGAUCUGUGGGCAGAACAAAGUUGAAUCGGGGUCGAAAGAGAAAGAAAAAUUUACAAUGAUACUUCCGAAUUUUGGGCGCCUUGCUAAGCUGCCUCUACCUUUAAAGCGACUUACUGAGGGUCUUAAGGCGACAAAGAGAUCUGGUGAUAACGAAAUAUAUAAGCUCUUCACUAAUGUUUUGUGCAUAUAUCCUCCUAAGGAGGAGGAUCUACUUAGAACAUUCCAUAAACAGGUUGAAGAAGACAGGAGGAUUGUGAUAACACGUAGCAAUUUAAAUGAAUUGCAUAAGGUUCUUGAGGAACAUGAGCUGUCAUGCAUGGAACUAUUGCAUGUAAAUACUGAUGGUGUGAUAUUGACAAAAAAGAAGGCUGAGAAAGUUGUUGGCUGGGCUAAAAAUCAUUACUUGUCUUCCUGUAAUCUUCCGUUGAUAAAAGGGGAAAGAUUGUACCUACCUCGUGAAAGCCUUGAAACUGCGAUUUUGAGGUUGAAGGAGCAAGAAGCUAUAUCUCGAAAGCCCUCACAGAGUUUGAAGAACAUUGCAAAGGAUGAGUAUGAGAGCAACUUUAUUUCAGCUGUGGUGCCCCCGGGUGAAAUUGGUGUCAAGUUUGAUGAUAUAGGUGCUCUAGAAGAUGUGAAGAAGGCACUGAAUGAACUUGUUAUUCUUCCAAUGAGGAGACCGGAACUGUUUUCCCAUGGAAAUUUGUUGCGGCCUUGCAAAGGAAUAUUACUUUUUGGGCCUCCCGGAACUGGGAAAACCCUUCUUGCCAAGGCGCUUGCAACGGAAGCUGGGGCGAACUUUAUCAGCAUAACUGGUUCAACUCUUACAUCAAAGUGGUUUGGAGAUGCUGAAAAGCUUACCAAGGCUCUCUUCUCCUUUGCUAGCAAGCUUGCUCCUGUCAUUAUAUUUGUUGAUGAGGUUGACAGUCUGCUUGGUGCUCGUGGUGGUUCCUUUGAGCAUGAGGCCACUAGAAGAAUGAGAAACGAGUUUAUGGCAGCUUGGGAUGGAUUGAGGUCAAAAGAUAGCCAAAAAAUCCUCAUUCUUGGUGCCACAAACCGGCCUUUUGACCUUGAUGAUGCUGUCAUUCGUCGCUUACCAAGAAGGAUAUACGUGGACUUACCAGAUGCUGAAAAUCGUAUGAAGAUUUUGAGAAUAUUUCUUUCACAAGAGAUUCUAGAACCUGAUUUUUCAUUUGAACAACUUGCUUAUGCAACUGAAGGAUAUUCCGGUAGUGAUUUGAAGAAUCUCUGUAUUGCUGCAGCAUAUAGACCUGUCCAAGAACUUUUAGAAGAAGAAAAAAAGGGAAGCAAAAGCAAUGUAGCUCCAGCCAUACGAGCACUUAGUUUGGAUGAUUUGAUUCAGUCAAAAGCCAAGGUUGGGCCGUCAGUUGCGUAUGAUGCUGCAAGCAUGAAUGAACUAAGGAAGUGGAACGAGCAAUAUGGAGAAGGAGGAAGUCGGAGAAAAUCACCAUUUGGUUUCGGAAACUAAUUUAAUGUGUUCUAUUAAUUUAAUCUUGAAGAAAAAAAGUCCUAAUUCUGUUAUUGAUGUAUUCCAAAUAGGAAAUCUCUCUUUUUCAUCCUUUUUGAGCGGAUGAGAAAGGACAUUUUGCAAUGUCAUGUAAUGUAGUAGUGUUAUAGAAAUAGAAUAAUUUUCUUCCCUUUUCUUUUCCUUUCAAUUUUUUUCCCAGUUCUAGCUACGGCAUGUAUAUAAGUGCUAAAAUCACACAAAUUUUCUUUAGUUUUAUGAUAAGCUAUUUAAAGGAUUGAACAGCCUCAA